GUUCGCCACAUCCUGUCUGKUUGCCAUUGUUGUUCUGCAUCUUUAUUUUUAUUCUAAAUAUGUAUUUUCUGAUGUAAAUUCAACAGCAUUGAAUCCUCCUAUUGGCUGCGAACCUCCGGGACUAAGCCGCCGUUUGAAAUUAAACACAGUGAGGCUUAAAUGGAGCUAACGGGCCGCUAGCAGCAGGCUAACUGAAGCUAACGGCGGCUAACUUGUGUUAGCUUUGUUUUUGUUGUGAUUUCGUUCAAACAAACACAUACUUCCUAAAAUGACAUCAGCCUCUGCUAAGGUCGGGGAAAUCUUCUCCGCAGCUGGAGCAGCUUUCACCAAGCUGGGCGAGCUGACCAUGCAGCUCCACCCGGUGUCCGACUCCAGCCCUGCAGGAGCCAAAUGGACGGAGACGGAGAUUGAGAUGCUGCGCCUGGCUGUGCGUCGCUUCGGAGACGACCUCAACAACAUCAGCACCGUGAUCAAAGAGCGCACCGUCGCUCAGAUAAAGAGCACAGUGAAGAGGAAGCUGUAUGAGGACAGCAGAGUCCCCAUCGCCACCGAAUCCCCCAAGAAAACUGUGAAGAAGGCCGCGGUUACCAUGGCGCCAGCCCCCGUCCCUACAACCCCUGCCAUGAUUACUGUACCGACUUCGCAGGUUGUCGUGGCGACGGGGAUGCAGAACAGCCCGUCGUUAGCCCCGCCCAUUAAAAAGCAGAAGACAGCAGACGUCACGCUCAGCGCUCUGAACGACUCGGACGUCAACAGCGACCUGGUGGACAUUGAAGGACUCGGGGACGGCUCGUCCAACAAGAAGCUGAACUUUGACCAAGAGAGCCUGAACCUGGACUCCAGCCUCAUCAUGAACUCCAGUGACCUUCCUCUGCUGUCCCGCUGACCUCUACGCUGAAGCUCUCGCCCCUCCUCUCCCUACAGGCUUUUAUUCUGAAAGGACAGUAGAGCCAGUUUUACUGUAGAGGAGGCUGCAGGUUAAUUAAUCCCCAACCAGAACCAGACUGACCCGUUGGGUUCUGGAUCUGGUAAUCUGAUGUUAAUAAACAGCUGUUGUUUAUGGGUCAUA